ACACUCUUCAACUCACGAAAGGCAUUCGUACAAGAAAAUGUCUCUCCAAGUUUUAGCAUCUCAAGCUCAAAGGCCAGAUACUAUUGCUCAUGUUAAGCGAAAAUCAACUAAUUACACCCCAAGCAUUUGGGGUGAUCAUUUUCUCUCUUAUGCUACCAAGGAAGUGGACAUUAAACUUGAGAAACACGUUCGAGAACUGAAAGAAGAGGUGAAGAGGAUGUUAAUGGAUCCUGUUAAAAAGCCUUCACAAAAAUUGGACUUGGUUGAUGACAUUCAGCGCUUAGGCGUGUCCUAUCAUUUUGAAAAUGAGAUUGAUGAAAUUUUGAAACAAAUUCACCACAGCUACUCUUAUGGUAGUGUUGAUGACCUUUACACUACUGCUCUCCGUUUUCGAUUGCUUAGACAACAAGGUUAUAACGUUUCAUGCGAUAUAUUCAACAAGUUCAAGGAAGAAAAUGAUCAGAAAUUUAAGGCAUCUCUUCUAAGUGAUGUAUCAGGACUGUUAAGCUUGUAUGAAGCCACCCAUCUUAGGAUACACGGAGAAGACAUACUCGAAGAGGCCCUAGCAUUCACCACCACUCAUCUUGAGUCGGUCAAACAUAGUUUAAGCCCUUCACUUUCAAAACAAGUAGCCCAUUCCUUAAAUCAGCCACUGCGGAAGGGCAUCCCUAGGGUGGAAGCAAGAUAUUAUUUGUCAAUCUACCAAGAAUGCGAUUCCCAUAACAAAACUCUCCUGACUUUUGCAAAGUUGGAUUUCAACCUGCUGCAGAAACUCCAUCAGAAGGAACUAUGUGAAAUUACUAGGUGGUGGAAGGACUUGGACGUGAGAAACAAGCUGCCGUUUACAAGAGACAGAAUUACCGAAAUAUACUUUAUCUGGAGUUUGUCAGCGUACUUCGAACCUCAAUAUUCCUUUGCCAGGAGGACAUCAUGCAAAGUCACUGCCAUACUAUCUAUUGUCGAUGACAUUUAUGAUAACUGUGGCACACUCGAAGAACUAGAGCUCUUUACUGAAGCUAUUCAGAGGUGGGAUAUCCGUGCCACAGAUCCACUACCAGAUUAUAUGAAAGUCUGUUAUAAGGCAAUGUUAGAAGUCUAUACUGAAAUUGAGGAAGAGCUUGCAAAGGAGGGAAAGUUGUACCGAAUCCACUACGCCAGAGAAGCUAUGAAAAAGCAAGUUAAAAGUUACUUCCUUGAAGCUAAAUGGUUGCACCACCAACACAUACCAACAAUGGAUGAAUAUAUGGUCCUAUCUUUAGAGACCACAGCCUACCUUAUGCUAAUAACAAUAUCUUUUGUUGGAAUGGGAGAUAUUGCUACACAAGACUCUUUCAAUUGGUUGGCCACAUAUCCCAAGGCUGUAAAAGGGGCUGCAGUAGUUUGCCGACUCAUGGAUGACAUAGCGGACCACAAGUUUGAGCAAAAUAGAGGAUAUGUUACCUCAGCUGUAGAGUGCUACAUGAAAGAAUAUGGUGCCACGGAAGAAGAAGCAAUAACCGGAUUGCGUAGACAAGUGAGUGACGCAUGGAAGGACAUAAACGAAUCGUUCCUCCUUCCUAAUGUUGUCCCAAGGCCACUACUAAUCCGAAUUCUUAACCUUGCAUGCGCCAUGGAUGUUGCAUACAAGAAUGAAGAUGGUUACACUACUCAUCAUGAGAGUGUGAUCAAGGAUUUUGUAGUUUCUACACUUGUUCAAUCUGUGCCUGUAUAAGCUUCAAAUUAUGUUUCUUACAUAUCGAUCUUAUGGCCUCUCCGGAUUAAUCUU